AUGCUUAUACCCAAUGGUCGCAUUGCCAUCCCACAUGAAUACGGGCUUAUAUUCUCUAGAAACCCUCACUCAAAUGAGGUAUCUUUCAACUCAUACGUGGCGAACGGCGCACAGGAAGGCUCGUCCAGACCGGCCGCCCGCACCCAGCCACUUCUCCCGGGCUAUUUCGGCCCAACAAGUUUCGUAUCUCCAUUGACUGAAGAUGUCGAUCUAUCCGAUCGGCACACCCUCAGUUUGAAUGUGGAGUCUCCCCAGAGAGUACUUCCGCCGUACUGGGUCCACAAAAUCUCUGAAGUAUUGUUGACCUUGGGUGAUUUUACCGCCGUUGAGGCUUUGCUGCGCGAAUAUUAUGCGCUCAGCCAGAGCGCGGUAAUUGCGGCACCUUUUAUCCUAAACAGUCUUGGUCCUAUGAAAGCAAUGUGCGAAGAAAGCAUAUCGAACCAGAAGAUGGAUGAUUUGGCCUCCUCGCUGACCGUGCGCAUUAUACACAAUACGUCUGAGACUUUUGAGAUUCCGCCGUCAACCAAGGGCAGAGACUUCCAUACUCUCUUCACUGGUCAAUCCGUUCGCCUCGAGAUUGUAGGAAUAUUGUGCGGCCUUGCAGGUCGAGCAAGGUAUCUGGGCCUUGCACGCGACAAAUUCACCGACUGUCGGAACUCACGAACUCAAUAUGCACGGAAGAUGCUUGCAGCAUGUGAUGCUGCAUUGUAUAUCUGCAAGAUCCUGACCCCUCUGAAUGAUUUGACAAUCUGGCUGGUACAUGAAAAUCUUUUACUGUCGGAUCUCGUCAACGGGGAUUCGAGUCCAUCCUGCUGGAACCGACUGGGUGAGCUUUCCACUGACAUCUUCGCCCUCGGUCUGCAUCGAGACUCCAAGAGCUUAGGGAAAAUACCAGAAUUCCUACUAGAGACACGUCGCAGGCAAUUUGCUGCGGCAUACCAACUUGAUAAAAGCAUCGCCACAUUUCUAGGCAGGCCGCCGCGGAUUCCAUGGCGUUACGCGGACUGUCGCAUGCCUCUGGACAUUAGCGACGAGGCACUGGCCACUGAUAAUAUGGUUCUAGACUAUUCGCACGACUACAUCGACGAGAAUGGCUGGAGCCUUCACGGAGUAGUCCAAAGGUCUUCCUGGAUGCGAGUACGAUUCAUCGUGAGCACUUUCCGAGAUGAAAUCCUCGAAGUCUCCCUGCAAAAAUUGACGCCUGAUAUGGAGAGCAUGCUUGAGGAUAUCUCCCGACGCUGCCAUGUGGCCUGGGAGGCAUUGCCCGGCCACCUGCGAUAUACCCCACAAUGUUGGGAUGGAUCCCCCGCAGCAGUCUGUCUCAUGAUGAUCAUAUCGCACCUAGCGUACCUAUACAACGACUUCCUCAUCCAGCGAUUGAUAGCGGGAAAGAAAAAUCCCCGCGGUAACACAGCGUUAUUGUCUGUGAGCGCAGACAUCCUAUCAACGGUCCUGACGUUAGGCACCCAACGAGAACAGAUGGUCGAUCUGCGGCCUGACUUUACGUGGACGGUUCUGCUCUACGGGUUUCCCAGUGCCAGCCUCCUAAUCAAAGCCCUCCAACACCAAAAGCGCACCGGCGAACCAUUCCUCUACGAAGCAUCGCGAUCAGCGCUCAUUCGGAACCUCAGUGUUUUUAUUUCUCACCUUGAAUCAAUUGCUCGCCCUGAUAACGCCAACUACGCCCUCUUCCAACGUGCAAGCCAGGUCUUCUCCAAGAUCAUUGAUGAAAUCCUGGAGCCACAGUCUGUACUUCCCGAUGCGACCCUCGGUGACUCUUCUAUGAUCAACUUCGACUCUGUGGUUGACGUUGAUGGAUUGGACUUGUUCAAUAAUAUGGAUUUUGGUGUUGCUUUCAAUCAAUGGCUAUUUUGA